AUGGCUCCGGAGCUGGGACGCCAGGGCGCGGGAGGGCCAGAGGGCGGCGGCGGCGGCCAGGGGGCUGCCGACCGCGAGGACCCCGCCGACGCUGAGGACGUGUUCCAGUGCCCCGCCGGUGCAGCCGAAGCCCGCGCCCUCGCCCUCACCUGCGACCUGUGCCAACACCGCAUGCAGACCGUCGCCGAUCUCCUGCUGCUCACUAGCGACCCGCGGCCGGUGCGCACGGCGUCGCUGUCGGUGUUCGGGGAGAGCCUACGAGUGUGUGUGGAGGAGAUAUGUGACCUGGUGGUAUCACUGACAGAAUGCUGUGCUCAUGCUGGUUAUCUACUGGCUGUGUUGCAAGAAGGAAGUAGUCCAGAAGUCCCUGGACCUGUGGAUCGUUAUCAGUUAUGCCGGGCAGCUGCAGAAGUGGAACAUAAGACAGGACUUCUUCGAACCUACAGUCUUCACAGUGUUACUGCUCUGCAACUUACUGAUAUCUGCAUAAGUGUUACUGAGAGUGCAAAUAUAUUAAAUGACAGUUGUCUCAAAGCUGCAGAUGAAGCCCAGGAAGAUAAUGUGAGAGAGCAGUUUAGACUGUGCUUGAAAAAUAUAACAGCAACAGUAAAUACGUUUUGUGGAAGUGUUAAAUUUCUCAAGGAUAAACCCACAGACCUCAACUACAGAGCUUGUCAGGUGUUUGGUGAAGCUCUCACUACAAGUUGUAAUGCACUAGCAGUAUUUGCAACUCAAGAUCCUCAGUUAAUGGGCUCUGGAGCAAUUCUUGGUUAUGCUGGAAGAGAAACUUUGAACUCGGUACUUAGUGCUUGCAUGGGAGUUGUCUCACCAUGUGUGCUUGUAUGCUCAGUGGUAAGAGAGCUAGCUCUAAAAACAGGAUGUUCAACUGGAUCUGGCCACGUACGAGAUGAUAAGGCGGUAGUUCGAGUUCAACAAUGUCAAGCUGCAGUACUUCGAAGUUCAGUCAAAUUGGCACACGUACUUGGUAAUGGAGGCCCUCAAGACCAGCGAUGAUUUGGAAAUGUCUAAGAGUGUGACUAUUUUGUAGAAACC